UGUGGAGAAGCCGCGGAAAGCGGGAGACUCCAGGACCGGCCAGAAGAACAGCCAGCUGGGCCUCAUCUGAUUAAAAAAUGGCAAACUCCUUUUCAUCAAACGCCUUCACUGCGCUUUCAGAUCUGCAUCCAAAUAUGGCUAACCUGAAAAUAUUUGGUGUAGUUAUUGGGAAAACAGAUGUCAAAGGCUUUCCAGACAGAAAAAACAUUGGAUCAGAGAGAUACACUUUCAGUUUCACCAUUCGGGAUUCACCAGCCUAUUUUGUAAAUGCAACAUCCUGGGGCAAUGAAGAUUAUAUCAAGUCACUUUCUGACAGUUUUAGGGUUGGAGAAUGUGUGAUAAUUGAAAAUCCCCUGAUUCAAAGAAAAGAAAUAGAAAGAGAAGAAAAGUUCAGUCCUGCAACUCCUAGCAACUGUAAACUAUUGCUCAGUGAGAAUCACUCAAUGGUAAAAGUUUGUUCCAGUCAUGAAGUGGACACCAAGUUACUUUCUUUGAUACAUUUACCUGUUAAGGAGUCUCGUGAUUAUUAUUCACUGGGUGACAUCAUUGCAAAUGGGCAUAGUCUUGAUGGGAGCAUUAUUAAUAUCCUUGCAGCAGUGAGAUCGGUUGGAGAGCCAAAAUAUUUUACAACUUCAGACCGAAGAAAAGGCCAGAGGUGUGAAGUUAAACUCUAUGAUGAAACAGAGCCUUCUUUUGCAAUGACAUGUUGGGAUAAUGAAUCCAUUCUACUUGCACAGAACUGGAUGCCACAAGAAACAGUAAUAUUUGCUGCAGAUGUAAGAAUAAAUUUUGACAAAUUUCGGAGCUGCAUGACAGCAACUGUAAUCUCAAAAACUAUUAUUACAACUAAUCCAGAUACACCAGAAGCUAAUAUCCUACUGAAUUUUAUAAGAGAAAAUAAAGAAGCAAAUUUUCUGACUGAUGAAAAUGCCAGUUAUUUGAAAGAAUCCAUAAAUUUAAAUACAAUAGUUGAUGUCUAUACAGUUGAGCAGUUAAAGGUAAAGGCUUUGAAGAAUGAAGGAAGAGUUGAACCCUUCUAUGGCAUUCUCUAUGCUUACAUUUCCACACUGAACAUUGAUGAUGAAGCUGUGAAAGUAGUUCGAAAUAAAUGCUCUAGCUGUGGUUAUAUUAUAAAUGAAGUGUCUAAUACUUGUACAACUUGCAACAAAGGUUCUUCAGGAUUCAGAUCUGUUUUUCCCAGCUUCCAUAUGCUGGUGGAUAUUACUGACCACACAGGAACCCUCCAUUCCUGUAGUCUCACAGGAAAUGUUGCUGAAGAGACUUUGGAUUGCACGUUUGUUUUAUCACCCAGAACAAGGGGUGGACUGAGAAUGAACAUACUCUCCUGUAGGCUUGCAGAUCCUACUGAGGCAAGUAGGAAUUUGUCUGGACAAGGACAUGUCUAA